GUGGCGGGCUCCAGGCGUGCGUCGCGGAGAGGACGGGGCCGGCGGGCGGUUGGCGCUCCGUUCGGUGCGGGGAGGGGCGUCACGCCGGGCGCUGCGCGGCCUCGGCGGGCGGCGGCAGUGGCGGCCACGGCCGCCGGGCUCUCAGAUUCUCUGCGCCCAGCUGGAGCCGGUCGGUGUCCGGGCGGAGAGACGGGCAGUCGGGCUCCCUGGCCUCGGGGCCACCCCGGCCGGGGCGGCUGGGGCAGAGGGACGAUGUCUGCUCGCGCCCCGGUGCCCGCCGCCCAUUCUCGGGAGGAUUCGCCCGCGGUGACUGCUGAGAGGGAGUCGCUGUUGGCCGCGGCGAACCGGCCGGCCGAGCAGCCGUCCCCGCCCGAACGUGAGGGCAAAGAGGCUGCGAGAGAGGAGAGGGCCGCGGCCGCCACUAGCGCGGGGGCGCGGGGAGAGCCGUCGCCGGCCCUGGUGCUGGGACGCAGCGUGCCCCAGGCGGCUGUCCCCGUGAGGCCCCUGGCGCUGCACCUGGCGCACAAGGCGCGUGGGCCAGGUGGCCCCUUCGGCGGGGAGCCGCCACCACCGCCGCCGCCGCCGCCGUCGCCGUUGCCGCCGUUGCUGCGGGAUCCGCCGGCCGAGGACGCCCGGGAAGAGGCGGCAGCUGGCCCUGCGGAAAAGCGGCAGCCGCCGCCGCUGCCGCCUAAGGGAAAUCCCUGGACCAAAAAGCCUCCCCAGCACCUGUCCCCAGACACGACAGGUCCACCGCCGCCCCCGCUGGAAACCCUGGAGGCAGAGUUCGGUUCCCUCAAAAUUAUAAAAGCAGGAAAACUCAAGACAAAGAAAUCCAACAAGGCUAGUGAUUUCAGCGAUAUGGAGAAUUGGCCAACACCAAGUGAAUUAGUGAACACUGGAUUUCAGAGCGUCCUCAGCCAAGGAAAUAAAAAGCCACAAAAUAGAAAAGAAAAAGAAGAGAAGGUUGAAAAGAGAAGUAACAGUGAGAGCAAAGAAAAUCGGGAAACAAAGUUAAAUGGUCCUGGUGAAAAUGUCAGUGAGGAUGAGGCUCAGUCAAGUAAUCAACGAAAGAGAGCUAAUAAGCACAAGUGGGUACCACUCCACUUAGAUGAUGUAAGAUCAGAGAGUCAAGAAAGACCUGGAUCCCGGAACAGCUCAAGAUGUCAACCUGAAGCAAAUAAACCAACACAUAACAAUAGGAGAAAUGAUACACGAAGUUGGAGGCGAGAUAGAGAAAAAAGAGAUGAUCAAGAUGAAGUUUCCAGUGUGAGAAGUGAGGGUGGUAAUAUCCGAGGUUCCUUUAGAGGUCGAGGACGAGGCCGAGGACGGGGAAGAGGACGAGGCAGAGGAAAUCCUCGAUUGAACUUUGAUUAUUCAUAUGGUUAUCAAGAACAUGGUGAAAGGACUGAUCAACCAUUUCAAACAGAACUUAAUACCAGUAUGAUGUAUUACUAUGAUGAUGGUACAGGUGUACAGGUGUAUCCUGUGGAAGAAGCAUUGCUUAAAGAGUAUAUUAAGCGUCAAAUUGAAUAUUACUUCAGUGUAGAAAAUUUGGAACGAGACUUCUUUCUUCGGGGAAAGAUGGAUGAACAAGGUUUCUUGCCUAUUUCCCUGAUUGCUGGUUUUCAGCGUGUUCAGGCUCUCACUACAAACCUUAAUCUCAUCUUAGAGGCACUGAAGGAUAGCACAGAAGUAGAAAUUGUGGAUGAGAAAAUGAGAAAAAAGAUAGAACCAGAAAAAUGGCCAAUUCCAGGCCCUCCUCCACGCAAUGUGCCACCAACAGACUUCUCUCAACUGAUUGAUUGUCCAGAGUUUGUACCAGGCCAAGCCUUUUGCUCACAUACAGAGUCUGCCCCAAAUUCUCCAAGAAUUGGAAGCCCAUUGAGCCCAAAGAAAAAUAGUGAAACAAGUAUUCUUCAAGCAAUGUCUAGAGGUUUGUCCACCAGUUUGCCUGACUUGGACUCAGAACCUUGGAUAGAAGUUAAAAAGAGACGUCAGCCAGCACCAGUGAAAUUGAGGGAAUCAGUGUCUGUCCCUGAAGGGUCAUUAAAUCAGCUAUGUUCUUCAGAAGAACCAGAACAAGAAGAACUUGAUUUUUUGUUUGAUGAAGAGAUUGAACAAAUAGGACGAAAAAACACAUUUACUGAUUGGUCUGAUAAUGAUUCAGAUUAUGAAAUUGAUGACCAAGACUUAAACAAGAUUUUGAUUGUAACUCAGACACCACCUUAUGUGAAAAAACAUCCCGGAGGAGAUCGAACAGGCAACCACAUGUCUCGGGCAAAAAUCACAUCUGAACUUGCUAAAGUUAUCAAUGAUGGCUUAUAUUAUUAUGAACAGGAUCUAUGGAUGGAAGAAGAUGAAAACAAACAUACAGCCAUAAAGCAAGAAGUUGAGAACUUUAAGAAGCUAAAUCUCAUUAGUAAAGAGCAGUUUGAAAACCUAACACCUGAACUUCCUUUUGAGCCAAACCAAGAAGUUCCUGUAGCACCUUCACAGUCCAGGCAAGGUUUGACUGAUGAAUUAGCUCAGAAGCUAUUUGAUGUUUCAGAAAUAACUUCGGCAGCAAUGGUUUGUUCGUUGCCUACAGCAGUUCCAGAAUCUCCUAGAAUUCAUCCUACAAGAACACCCAAAACACCUCGAACACCUAGGUUACAAGAUCCUAACAAAACACCAAGAUUUUAUCCUGUUGUUAAAGAACCAAAAGCCAUUGAUGUAAAGAGUCCAAGAAAGAGAAAAACAAGGCAUAGCACAAAUCCCCCUCUAGAGUGUCAUGUUGGUUGGGUAAUGGAUUCCAGAGACCAUGGACCAAGAACAUCCUCAGUCAGCACUUCAAAUGCUUCACCUUCAGAAGGCGCACCACUAGCAGGAAGUUAUGGAUGUACUCCUCAUUCAUUCCCAAAGUUCCAGCAUCCUUCUCAUGAACUUUUGAAGGAAAAUGGCUUUACCCAACAAGUGUACCACAAAUAUCGUCGAAGAUGCCUAAGUGAGAGAAAACGCUUGGGAAUUGGUCAGUCCCAAGAAAUGAAUACCCUCUUUCGUUUCUGGUCCUUUUUCCUCAGAGAUCACUUCAAUAAAAAAAUGUAUGAGGAAUUUAGACAACUUGCUUGGGAAGAUGCAAAAGAAAAUUACAGGUAUGGGUUAGAAUGUCUGUUCAGGUUUUAUAGUUAUGGACUGGAAAAAAAAUUCAGGCAAGAAAUUUUUCAGGAUUUCCAAGAAGAAACCAAAAAAGACUACGAAUCUGGUCAGCUGUAUGGACUAGAAAAGUUUUGGGCUUAUUUGAAGUAUUCUCAAUCUACGACACAGUCUAUUGACCCAAAACUUCAGGAAUACCUCCGUAGUUUUAAGAGGUUAGAAGACUUCCGUGUUGAUCCCCCUAUUAGUGAGGAAUUUGGAAGAAAAAGACAUUCAUCUACUUCUGGUGAGGAGAGUAAUCGUCAUAGACUUCCACCUAAUUCCGCUACAAAGCCACCAAAUGCUGCUAAACCUACAUCUACCAGUCAGCUUCAGGUCCCAAUAAAUGAUCCCAGAAGGAAUACUUCACCGGAGUCCAGUGACAAUUCACAUUAAACAGUGCUGCCUGUG